AUGAAAUUAAGUCGAGCUAUCAGUUAUACCGCAUUAGGUGUGACUGUCAUCUAUGUUACAGCAAUUCUCUUGGGAGCCCCACUUUUAAGCCAUUUUGGAGCAAAUUUCGUCUUUUCGAUAGUGCUUGCAAUAGUGAGUAUAUUCCCAUUGUUGUUAGUUGCUGAAAACUUCGACAGUUUGGAUAAUAUUUUAUUUGGAAAGAGACAGUUAUCAGACAAGUGUUUGCUUGCUCGUCAGUUGUCACUGGGUGGUGUGUUUGGUGCGUGGUUCGGUGCAUUUGUUAUUCCUUUUGACUGGGAUCGCUGGUGGCAGCGUUGGCCAAUUCCGUGUGUUCUCGGUGCAGUGAUUGGUGGUAUUCUUGGAUGUUUGACCAGUAGUUAUAAAAUUCUUUUUUCCUAUUUGGAAAAGCAGCGAAAAUUGGAAAAAUUUGUAUGA